UAACACCUACUAUCAUAGAAAAUGAUUAAACUUCUAUUUAUUGCGUUAUUUGGAUGCAUAUGCACCAUUGAAGCUCAGUUGGUGAUGUCGAAAGCUUCCCCACCACCAAAUAUUGUGUUUAUCCUCACAGAUGAUCAAGAUACGUUGCUUGGUGGAAUGGACCCAUUGGUGAAAGUAAAGAAACUUCUUCAAGAUGAAGGAACCACUUUCACCAAUAUGUUUACCAGCACCCCACUUUGCUGCCCAAGCAGGGCCAGUAUAUUAACUGGUAAGUUGUACAUUGUACUCCUAUUCUAUACCAGUCUGCAGA